CCGGCCAGGGUGGUUGGUGGUGAGGAUUCAGGCUCCGUCCUAACCAGGAGGUGGCCUGAGGCUCAGGGCCCCCCAGCCCCUCCCUCCCAGUCCACCAGCGUCACCCCCCAGCCCCGAGCUGGACCGCACACCUUGGGACACGGUUUUCCACUUCCUAAGGACAAGCCCCAGACUGGAGGAGAGGUCGGAGGAGGUGGGCGUUGGGCUCUUUGCGAGGACCCCGGCGGCGGGCCCGGGCGAGGCGGCCGAGGCGGCGGCGACCGGGGCCGACAUGGCCGAGGAGCAGGACCUAUCCGAGGUGGAGCUGAGCCCCGUGGGCUCGGAGGAGCCCCGCUGCCUGUCCCCGGGGGGCGCGCCCUCGCUGGGGCCCGACGGCGGCGGCGGCGGCUCCGGCCUGAGAGCCAGCCCCGGGCCGGGCGAGCUGGGCAAGGUCAAGAAGGAGCAGCAGGAUGGCGAGGCGGACGAUGACAAGUUUCCCGUAUGCAUCCGCGAGGCCGUCAGCCAGGUGCUCAGCGGCUACGACUGGACGCUGGUGCCCAUGCCCGUGCGCGUCAACGGCGCCAGCAAGAGCAAGCCGCACGUCAAGCGGCCCAUGAACGCCUUCAUGGUGUGGGCGCAGGCGGCGCGCAGGAAGCUCGCCGACCAGUACCCGCACCUGCACAACGCCGAGCUCAGCAAGACGCUGGGCAAGCUCUGGAGGCUACUGAAUGAGAGUGACAAGCGCCCCUUCAUUGAGGAAGCCGAGCGGCUCCGGAUGCAGCACAAGAAGGACCAUCCUGACUACAAGUACCAACCCCGACGGCGCAAGAACGGGAAGGCAGCCCAAGGGGAGGCGGAGUGCCCCGGCGGGGAGGCGGAUCAGGGAGGGGCCGCGGCCAUCCAGGCCCACUACAAGAGUGCCCACCUGGACCACCGGCACCCGGAAGAGGGCUCUCCCAUGUCCGACGGGAACCCUGAGCACCCCUCAGGCCAGAGCCACGGCCCGCCCACCCCUCCAACCACCCCAAAGACAGAGCUGCAGUCUGGCAAGGCAGACCCCAAGCGAGAUGGGCGCUCGAUGGGGGAGGGUGGGAAACCUCACAUCGACUUCGGCAAUGUGGACAUCGGUGAGAUCAGCCACGAGGUAAUGUCCAACAUGGAGACCUUUGAUGUGGCUGAGUUGGACCAAUAUCUGCCACCCAACGGGCACCCGGGCCACGUGGGUAGCUACUCAGCAGCUGGCUACGGGCUGGGCAGCGCCCUGGCCGUGGCCAGUGGACACUCCGCCUGGAUCUCUAAGCCGCCGGGUGUGGCCCUGCCCACGGUCUCACCACCUGGUGUGGAUGCCAAAGCCCAGGUGAAGACAGAGACCGCAGGCCCUCAGGGGCCCCCACACUACUCCGACCAGCCAUCCACCUCGCAGAUCGCCUACACCCCCCUCAGCCUGCCGCACUACGGCUCUGCCUUCCCCUCCAUCUCCCGCCCCCAGUUCGACUACUCUGACCAUCAGCCCUCAGGACCCUAUUAUGGCCAUUCGGGCCAGGCUUCUGGCCUCUAUUCGGCCUUCUCCUACAUGGGGCCCUCUCAGCGGCCCCUCUACACCGCCAUCUCUGACCCCAGCCCCUCAGGGCCCCAGUCCCACAGCCCCACACACUGGGAGCAGCCAGUAUAUACGACGCUGUCCCGACCUUAAAGGGAGCUCUGUCGCCACCAGCCCCAGCCUGGUCCCCACCGGGCCCCAAGUCCCUUCCCCCAGCUGUGUGCCCUGUUCCUCACCAGUCUCCAGUCUGGUGGUGGCCGUGGAGGAUGCUGCUGAGGCUGACAGUGGAGGGAAGGUUGCCCACCUGCUCUCUGCCCUCAUGACCUGCCAUGGCCCUGGCUGACAGCCUGAGCAGAGGAGGAGGAAGUUGGCCGAUGCCCCCAGACUGAAGGAUGAGGCUGUACCUCCCCAGAAAUGACCCUCUAUCCCAGGAUCUGAGGAGGGUCCUCCCACCCCCUGGGAAGGGAGGAAGCAUCCAGGGUUGGACAGCGUGGGAAGCCGGGCCACUCCUGUUUCCUCUCACGGACAGUGAGGGUCUGCAGGCCCCUGUACCACCAUGCCUAAGUUAGGCCACCCAGGGACCUGUAUCAGGGCUUAGAGCCCCUGGCUCUGUCACUCAGGGGCCAAGGACAGCUUUUAACAGCCUUGUGGGGUGGAGUGGAGCUCAGUGGAAGUUCUUAUCCCUUCAAUGCCCCUUCCCUCCUGAAACCAGGAAGGAACUGGCACAGAGCCCCACCCCCAUCCAAUUCUGUGCCAAUAACCUCAUCUUCUGUCUGACCGAGGACGGCCCCUGGUCCCCCACCAUGAGCUCCCAGGUCUUGAGGCCAACCCUCCAGGGAAGGGUUCAGAGACAAUUCCCCAAUUCCUCCUCCCUGGCUGCCGGUCCGCUCCCUCUUCCUCACUCGGCUCUCUGCAGCCUCCUUGGGCUCCGGAGUUAGAGCUGUGCAGGCCCAAACCCUGGCUCCAGAAGGAGCCCUGGGCCAGCACCAGGUUGCUGGCAGCAGGUCAAAGACCCUGAAAUCCUGCCACAUACGUUCUGCCCUUGCCUUUUGCCCUUGGCCUCCAGUGGUAUGUGAAUGAAGUAUGUAGCUCUACCUGCCCUAUGCGCUCUGCAGCCCCAUCCACACAUAACACAUUACUACCCCUUAUUUAUCUCAGUAGUCCCCGUGCCUGCUCCCCCCUCUCCUAGCUACUCCAGCCCCUAUUAACUCUGCAGUAAGCAUUCCAAGUAAUAAAAUUAAAGGUUCCGGUUACCUGCUUAGUGGGUCUGACCUGGCCUGUUUCUUGAUCUCUUGUCCCUAUACCUGGGCUUCCUCAAAGACUCUGGGAGUAGCUAGGAGGAGGGUGUAAAGGGGAGAUAACCCAAGAGUCUGUCUCUCCUAUAAGUGGGGAGGGUGAAGUGGGUAAGGGCAGCUGGCCCCCAAAAGGUGGGACUGGGCACAGGGGCUAAGGCUCAGAGGGGAGCCUUUGACCAGACCAGCUAGAACUGACCAGGGCGGCAGCUCAGCCACACUGCUCACCCAGCAGGGGAGAGUUUGGAAAGAAAUCCAGGGACAGCUAUUUGAAAAGGGAGGUGGGUUGAGUCUGACUUGCAGUCAAGCCUGGUCCCUUGGGAUGCCUAGAUGACCUUCAGUUGCCACACCCCUCCACCUGUCACCUCCAGCAGAGGUCACGCAAGCCAGGUUCCAGCUGAGCCUUCAGAGCAGCAGCCUGUGCCUAAGUGUGAACCAAGGGUGUCGAGUGCAGUCUCAUCCCUGGAUGCUCACCCCCAAGAGCUCUGUCCUCUGCAGGGCCAGGAACCCCUCUGGCCCACGUCCCCAAGGAAAGGGAACUCCCUUCAUGUCCUGCUCCAUUGAUUGGCAGCUCUGAUGCCUGUAAGUUCUCUACCACUUACUACGUGCUGUCUGUCAAGGGCUCUGCUGAGUUUUUAUGUCACUUGGACCUAGAUGGGAGUGGGUCCUGUGUGCCUCCCUGAGUUCCAGAUAGGAGACUGAAGUUUUGGGAGUUUGAAGCUCAGAAGUGCUGGCAGCAGAAUCUGAACCCAGCACUGACUCCAAAGCUUGUGCUCUCCCUCACCCCUCACCUGUCCAGGGCUUCAGGCUCUGCUUCCACUUCAAAUCUAGAGCUUUAGUCUUCAUCUGCUGCUCCAGACUGAGCUCCUCCUUUCCUUCUGUGGUCUCCAGCCCCAGGAACUAACCCAGUCCUCCCUGGGUGGCCACACCCCACCUGGAAGCUGCACCAAGCUCUUCAGGUCACCUUCCCCAAACUGCUGGCCUCACGAAGUCUGGUAACUGCGACCCCUUCUCUCUCCAUCAGUAUCUUUUGCAAAGUCACACCACCCACAUUGUAUAUAAGUUGUUUUUGGUGUUUUAUUUUGUUGUAGAUAAAUGCAGAAUUUUAUGCUGAUCUUUAACAGAUGUCAUCCUGUUGGCUUUGACCCUUUUCCCCACCUAUGUUAAGUCCCGAACUCCGCUCUCCUUCAGAGCUUUAUGUAUCUGCGAACUUGAAUAUCCUCCUCUAAGUCACUAAUAAAAGUCAAAAUGAAGAGAGACAGGGCCCUGUGUACAACACUCAGUACUGCUGCCCAUUCACUCCCUUCCCCA